CUAAAUUACUGUCGCUGCCGAUUCUCGUCGAAAAUGGCCACCGUACAGUUUCGAAUAGUUCUUAUUUGUACUGUUAUUUACGCCUGUAACGCAGCUCAUCAGAAACGGUUUCUGUUCCGUGAUGUUUUUCCGGACCGUGUAAAUCCGAAUUCUCUCCAGAAACUUUGGUGGAUCCGGAAGAUGUCUCCUGACCUGUACUUGACCGGACGACUUACGGAAAGGCAAAUAAAAUAUGCGUCCGAGGGAGGUUUCAGAAGCAUCAUUACGCUCUUCCGGUUCAAUUCCCCAGGAAAUUUGGGGCUGGAAACGUUCACGACGACAGAUGGGGCAAAGACGAUGGCAUAUGCUGUAAAUAUGGGUUUUAGAGCUAUACUUGAUUCCGAGGAUGAUUGGUAUAAAGUAAGUACUGUACAGAAACUGACAUCUGCCAUUGCCGAAAUGGAGAAACCUAUUCUAAUGCAUUGUCAUCGUGCGCAUACAAUAACAUUUGCAACAUUAAUGUAUAUGGCGAACCAGACAAGAGUUGAUCCUAACUUCCGGCCUCGUAUUACGAGUGAUGUCUUCUACGAAGUUACUGCAUCUUUGGGACUAGACUUUACAGCAAAUAACACUUCGGAAGUCGUGUCAAAAAUCACCGGAAGUCCUCUACCGAAAGUGUUUCCGAACACCACUGCAUAUCCGGUUGAAUGGUCAAACUAUUGGUUGGUUCAUUUCGUUUACAAAAGUUGGUUUGUUGGAGGACAAAUUCUUUCCACACACAUACCUGCUAUUGUCGGCACCGGUUUCAAACACGUGAUCAACCUACGUUUAGGUACCUCGACACACAACCAACCCUCACAGGAAACUGUGACACUGCUGAACAUCGUAGACGGAACGCCCACGUACGGAAAUGCCACUAUCGGGCCACGUCAAUCACCGGAUACGCUAGUAAGAACUCGAAUUGACCUUGACAAAGCGACCACUUAUAUUUCGGCUACGUCUUCCGUGAACUACGAGCAGCGGAACUCCCUUGAGUUUGGAGACGGUGUCGGAUACAAUGAGGGACUGGAGCAAGUUGCUGUGGAGAAGGCUGGUUUGACAUACCAUCAUCUCCCUCUAGACAAUGGUCGCCAGUACAGCAGGGAGUUGUUUUCCGAGUUUAAAGACAAAUUUCUGGAGAUCGGAGAAACAGGAGAACCAGUCCUCGUACACUGCUCCGACUCAAGGCGUGCAGCCUACCUCACGGUCCUCGCUGCUGCGCUCCAGGACGGUCAGGACUUGAAUUGGGCUCUGUCCAAACUUGACGAGAUAGGGUUCCCAGUCGGGCCAAUGACAUCGCCGGACGUGUAUCGUAUGUAUGUCGCCUGGCUGACCGAUUCCAGUGGCAACGAGAUUGGCCGCAGAUGAAGAUUCACCAUGCUUAUAAGUCGGGGCUGAAGUCCAUCACAAUAUUUAAUGUAAACACGAUGUGUAUUCAGCAUGCAUACUACUGUAGUUUGCCUAUGAUUUAAAUGAAACUAACAAACUUCAAA